AAUAAUACAGUAGUGUCAGGGAGCAACAAGAGCCACCAGUAGCUUGACAGAUGGGGGCGUGGUCAUGCAGAUGAGGAGGCGCGAUCACGUGACGCGCGGUGCGGGGAGAGCAGCUGUGUGCAGAGGCAGAGCGCAGUGCGCCCGGGGACACCGGAGACUCCGCACCGCCUGCACUCAUGGCUGACCCCGUAGCAGCCGGCGAGGUUGAGGAAGACAACACACACCGCUUUGCUAGGAAGGGAGCCCUCCGCCAGAAGAACGUGCAUGAGGUGAAGGACCACAAGUUCACCGCCCGCUUCUUCAAGCAGCCCACCUUCUGCAGCCACUGCACCGACUUCAUCUGGGGUUUUGGCAAGCAAGGCUUUCAGUGUCAAG